AUGGAAGUGGCCGGAUUGGCAUUGGCUAUUGUCGCAACGACUGACCUGUGUUUCAAAUACGGCAAGAUCCUUAUCGAUACAUGCACAUCGUUCAAAGGCGCUAAAACCGAGAUUAACGAACGAAUACUAUAUGUUGAGAGCCGUUGGAACCGUACAAGAAUACAACUUGUCUUUAUCAAGAAGAUCUGGGACACCCUUGACGAAGAGCAUCAAAGCAUUCAAGAUCGGCUUCUGCAAGUGCUAGCUAGCAAACUAAGCAAUACAACGUCGAAGUUGGAUAAACUAUCAAAAAAGUGGUCGCAUACUCAAGAAGCGGAGCACCAGGUUAUAAUGGUCAAUCCAUUGAAAUAUAUUCUCGUUAAACAGGGUCUUGAUGACACUAUUCAAGAUCUAGCUUUAUGGCAGAAAGAGUUCGAUCCGUCUUGGUUCUUAAUAUUGAAAGUGCCGAAUGCCCUCAUUGAUCAAGAGCUAAGCAAAGAUGAAUUGACAUCUUCUUUUCCUAGCAUGCGCGAUCUUAGAGGUGCCGCAAGGGAGAGGCCUCCUCAGAAGAAAUCAAUUUUCCUUCCAGGAGACGGAGUUGAUUUAUCAACAAGACGUGAAAUACCCUUCGCAUCAGCAAAGUGUGUCCAGCGAACUGGUUCCGAAAAUUGGGUUCUGAUAGACUCUAUGCCGUGCGAUCCAGAAGCCGACGUCAAUUUGCAAACCAAAGACGUGAGAGAGCUGGCAAGUAAGCUCUCUCAUUUGGAUCCGAUAGUAUUUGGCAUACUUCAAUGCCGAGGUGUAAUUCGUAACCUGGAAGCUGGUAACAAACGACCAUCUUCCUUCGAUUUUGUAUUUCAAAUACCUAAUGAGCUUAGCGAUCCUAAAAGUCUUCGCAGCUAUCUCUCCUUAGGUACGGAUCACACUCUUACCGACCGUCUCAACGUCGCAAAACAACUUGUCAAGUCCGUAAGCUACGUCCACACUCUUGGCUUUGUACACAAAAAUGUCCGCCCCGAGACUAUCCUAGCAUUCCAAGACAAAAAGUCAGCCCUUGGCAUCGUGUUUCUCACAGGCUUUGAGAAGAUACGCAUGGCAGAUGGUCGAACGCGGAGGUCGGGGGACUCUGCUUGGGAGAAGAAUCUCUAUCGUCAUCCACAUCGUCAAGGCGUGAAUCCCGAAGAGACUUAUGUUAUGCAGCAUGACAUUUACAGCUUAGGUGUCUGCCUUCUGGAGAUUGGAAUAUGGGAAUCAUUCGUAGCAUACGAGGACGAUACAGCAGCCCCUAUACCAACAAAAUCUCUCAACAUUGCUUCAGAAGAUGGCGAAUCCGGCGGGCCGUAUCUGAUGAAAGAACAUCUAGUCGCUCUAGCAAAACACCAUCUACCUAGAUGCAUGGGAGAGAAAUACGAGCAGAUAGUCGUGAACUGUUUGACUUGCCUUGAUGACGAUAAUGCUGAUUUUGGCAACCAGAAUGAAUUUGAAGAUGCAGAUGGGGUCUUAUUAGGUGUGAGAUAUAUAGAGAAGGUUCGUAUAGAGCUUUUAGCUUGA